CAACCAUAUCUACCUUUUUCUUUUUGGUGGUGUUUGGCAGCGUGGUGAGCGCGUUUCGUGCAAGAGAUGGCUAAGAAAAUAGUGAUUUCGAAGAAAAAGGAGCAUGGACAGACCCGACAGGCGCCGCAGAAGGAGCAGAGACGUGGCGUUGUCUAUGUCAGUCACAUUCCGCAUGGGUUCUACGAAGAAGAAAUGAAAAAGUAUUUCUCCCAGUUCGGCACUGUGACAAAGCUCAGGCUCUCACGAAGUGGAAAGACUGGCGGCAGCCGUGGCUAUGCAUUCAUUGAGUUCCUGUCUGAAGAUGUUGCCAAGAUUGUGGCUGACACCAUGGAUGGGUAUCUCUUCUUCAACAAAAUAAUGAAAUGCAGGGUGAUACCGAGGGAGCACGUGCACGAGGGUCUGUUCCGGCACUUCCGCUACCCGUUCCCUUUGCGCAAGGAAGUGGUGCGCACCGUCCACAACCGCCGCCGCACAGCCGAGUCGGAGAAGCGCAGUGCCCGUCGCCGCUUGGCCACUCUGGAGCGAACAAAGGCCCAGCUGCGCAAGAUGGGUGUAAACUGUGACUUCGUUCCUGAGGUUCCCGCAGAGCUCUUAGAGCCACUGGAUUCCAAGGACACGAGCAGAGCUAGCGCAGCCGAUGACUCUGGUUUGCCUUCCUUUGUGCUCGACUCGAGUGAUGACAGCAUAGAUUUCAAGACACCACCUGGCACAAAGAAGAGACGCAAGGUAAAACCUGUAGAGCCGGCCGCAGCCCUUGUGGAUGUGACGCCUGGCCGGCGUACUACGUCACCGUCGCCGAAGAAGUCUGUCAAGCUGCUCGCCUCGCCAACCCCAAAGACACGCCGUCGGGGUCCAGUUGUGUCCACACCUCGUAAUGCCACACCCAAAACUGGAUCAAAGAAGGCUCCCACAUCGAAGGCCACGCCACUCUCAAAAGGUCUCGAAAAGAAGACGCCAGUCUCAAAAAGAAAACACAAAGCCACGCCAACCAAGACGUGAACACUUUUUUUUUCUAGGAAAUGUGUGUAAAAUUAAGACAGCAAGUAAAUGAAUUGAAAAAAAAAAGUGUGAUGCAACACCUUUUAACCCUG